AUGAAAUUCAUUGAUGAGUUGGAUAUCGAAAGAUUAAACCAAACGCUUAAUUUUGAAACCAACGAUUGCAUAAUAUCAGGAGGUUGUGACAUUUUUACCACAAAGGCUGUUGCUUCAGAUAGAAAACUUUACAAGACUAUUGAAGACCACCUUGAUGUUCUAUUGAAAGAAAAUGAGCAAUUCAAUUCUCUCCAUUCGAAAGACCCUAGAGAUUCUAAAGAAACAUCUCCGGUAGAAUCCAAAGAUUCUACAGAAGAAGCUGCUAAUAUAAAUUCUUUCUGGGUCCAAAAAAGAAGAAUAUCUGUAUCUACUGACCAUCAUCAUCAUAUGCAUCACAAUCAAGUGUCUAAUAAAUUGAACCAACAGAAUUUAAAAGAACUUAUAGAUAAUACUUCUCAAAGUAAGCCUCAAAGGAAUACUUCAAACGGUGAUCAAGCAUACUUAAGUUCAUCAUCGGGAGAAACCUCAACAAAGCAAGUGAAUAACAAAUCUACUCCUACUGAUAAGAAAGUUAGUAAGAAGAAACAAAAUCAAAAGACAAGAAGACAUUCUUCAUUGAAUGAUGCACCUCCAAAUAUUAGUUUAGGCCCAUUCGGGCCUAUUAAUGAAGCUUCUUCAAGAAAGACAUUUGCCUACCUGAUAGCCAUCUUAAACGCAUCCUAUCCUGAUCAUGAUUUUUCAUUGAUUGAACCUACUGAUUUUAUUCAAUCAAAUUUAAUCACCUUGAAAUCAAAAUUCGAAAAUUCUUUGAUUUCUAUGGGGAAUAAUACUACAAUCCAACAGCAAUUAAAUAAUAACAUUAAUAUGUGGGAAAUAUUGAAUAAUCAUAUGGAUUUAAAUGAUUGUCUCAUAUACAAUUAUAAUCCAAAGGAAAAAUCGUUCUUAGAUGAUGAACCUGGUAAUCUCUGGAACCAAUUCUGGUUCCUCUUUAAUAAAAAGAGGAAAAGAGUUUUAUUCUUGUAUUUGAUUUGCUCUAGAAUUAAUAGGGAUUUACAUUCAAAUAAUCCUUCUUCCUCUUCGCUAUUCCCAUUUCAUUCAAAUAAUUUCCGUGCAUUAAAAAAUGAUGCAGAGGGAUUACUGAUAUUAGACGAUCAUAACCGUAGGAAAGAUCUGUACGAAGGGGAAUAUGAUUUAACUACAGAAGAUGCAAAUGACUUUGCUAUAGCUGAUGACGAUAUUGAUGUAGAUAUCGAUGAUGAUGAUUCAGAUUUUGAUCCACUCAAUAAUUAG